AUGCCGAAGAAAGGCACGAAGAAAGGUGGGGGCAAACAGGCAGGCUUGACGGAGGAGGAGAGACUCCUGAACAUGCAGCAGAAAGCAAAAGCAGAGGAGGAAAUGGCCAAACGAAAAGAGGACAUGCUAACUCAGUUCCUGAAGGACAAGCUACAGAAGGAGGAGCGGAACAGUCGGGUGAAUCUGUACAAACUGAGGGAGAAGUGGCGUGCCUUGCUAAGGCAGGGGCGUGCGGCAGACCUCCGCUCUGACAUUGCUGUGCUCAGCCAAAACUUCGAGAGGGUCCUCGACAGCAAGAACAGUGUGAUACAGUGUCUGGUAAGUGAUCUGAAUGAAGCAGAUGAACAGUCAGCCCAAGCAUGGAGAUCUCACUUGCAGUGUCUGGACCAACUGCUGGAGCUGCAGAGGAGCAGGCUCUCUGCUCUGGAAAUGCAGUGGAACUCCAGCGUGGAGGAGCUCAGCUCUGAAUACAGCACUGAGAGGCAGCAGAUUUUGGCUGUGUACCAGCAGCAGCGUGCAUACCUGGAGAACGUAAACCUUGCCAUGGAGGAGCAGUACUGCGAGAUGGAAGACAAGGCCAGGCAGGACUACCUGAGCACUCAUGCUGAAAUCAAAAACAAGAGUAUAGAGGAGAAGCACACCUUGCGAAUCCAGUUGGAAGGGAAGGUUGAGCACAUAUUCUCUCAGCACCAGCAGCUGCAGCAGAACUACACUGAGACUUCAGGGGACCGUCGUGUCGCCUUUGAGGCACUGCGAGCCCGAGACAAGCACUGCACGCAGGAGAUUGACAGGCAAACGAGACGGCUACAGAAAAUGCAGGAUUCCAUCAGUGCUCUGCGGUCACAGCUCAGUGCGAGUCAGAAGGAGAGUGAGUCAGUGAGCCGAGGCCUCCGUGGUGCUCGUGACGAGGUGGCACACAAAACCCGUCUGCUCAAAGACCAACUCAGCUCAGCGCAGACCAUCAACAGAAAACUGCUGACCACCCUUAUAGUGCAGAGCGAUGCUGCUGCAAAGAAACUGCAAGGCAUUAUAGCCAAGGGAGAAAAGCUGCUUCGUCUUAGUGAAAUGUGCCGCAAGCUGGAGACAGAGAGAGAGAAAGUGCUGCCAUUCAGCUCCUCCUCAUUAAGCUCUGAAGAACAGUCUGAAAUAAGAGCCUCUGCAGAGGAGCCUCUGUCUGUGGAGCUAGCUAAGGCCCUGCUGGAUUUCUCUGAUCUGGAGCGGUUCUGGCAACGUUACGUUAAGGUUCGGAUGGAGCGGCUAAUCCUGGGGCGUGAGAAGGCAGUUCUGUCAGAGGAGAACAAGCACCUGCGUAUGCAGCUCAGACAGUAUCUAGAUGGGAUUUCAGUUAAUGACAAAAGCCUGUACAGUCAGAGCUCUUUGCUUGUGGUAUCUCGUCCCAAACUGGAGCCCCCCACCACAACCAGCGCACACAGAGCAGAGACACAGCCUCAGUGCGAAAACACGCAUGCAUACACCAACACCACCCUGGGCUUUAAGUGA